AUGUCUUUGGCCCCCAAGUUCAUCCCCUCACACAUCUACAAGGCUUCAUCGGGCACAGUUCCAGCCAAUGUUCACCGUAUCCAGUUGUUUUUGGACUACGACUGUCCAUUCAGUGCGAUUCUGUUCUUCAAGUUUUAUAAAUCGGUGAUUCCGGAGACUGAGAAGCUGUAUCCAGGAAAGUUUCAAUUCGUAUUCUAUAAUGUUCCCCAACCAUGGCACCCGACAAGCUCCCUUUUGCACGAGGUUUCUUUGGCUGUGGCGGCUGUGGCUCCUUCCAAAUUCUGGGACUAUUCGAACAUUUUGUUUGAGAACCAGUCUCAAUUCUUUGACACAGAGACCUACAAUGAGACUAGAAAGGAAACUUAUCAGCGAUUGAUCGAUUUGGCAACUCCGUUAGGAAUUGAGGCUGCUGAGCUGUGGAAAUUUGUUGAAAUCAAAGCGUCCGAUUCCCCGUCUAACGCUGGAAAUUUGAUAGGGAAAGAUUUUAAGUAUUUUAUCAGGCUGCACCGUACAAUUGGUGUUCAUGUUACGCCCACUAUUGCAAUCAACGGAAUACUGAACACCUCUUUAGAAAGUUCGACCUCCGUUGACGACUACCUAAAGGUAUUUGGCCAACAAUUAGAGUCAUGA